CCUCGCAUAAAUCUUCCUUUCUUUGUUCUUUUUUCGUUUGCUUAAUAACGCACUAUGGCACGUUCAUUAGUAUCAUCAAAGAAAGGUGUUUUAUAUUGGGCUGUUCCGCUGACUGUUUUAGCAGCAGGCACUGCAUAUGGCCUCCGCCAGUUCCGAUAUCGUGCAUCACAGCAUCCCAUCCAGUUUGUAUCGUCCGGAGAAAGCAAAGAAGAUGCUGAAAAAUUAGAGCAUGUUCGCAAGGACUGGAGAGAGCGCAAUGGGGGCAUUGGAUUAAAAGACGUGAGUCGCAGCGGCGGAGGCGUGUGAUCGGAUGAUGUAUGCCUUUUUUUCAAGUCGCACGAACUCCACUUUUUACAGACGUUUGAUAUUGGCUGCUGCAGAGAUAAGAAAUAACGACCCGCCUUUUUUUUGUCUGUUCAAUAUCCAUCCAAGCAGGAAGUAGCAGUUGCUUAUAAAAAGCCCUUCUCGGAUGAAAUUAUACAAUGAAAUUUUCACGGAGAUUUUAUAUUAUCAUAGCAGACAAUUUGUUGACGCGUUCCCCCCCUUUCUUCCACUGCUUACGCAUUACGUUUUUGUAUUACAUUUUUGCAUAAAAUCAAUUGACAAAUACUCUUUCUCAC